AUUGCAGAGGCUCACUUCGCCUUGACCUUGUCCUCCGCACUGCUCGGGUUCAGCCUUAUCCCUUCUUGCAAUCAUUCUGAUGACCAGAAAGCAAGAGAUAGAGUCACCGAACUAGAAUCCGAAGACAUGUAUGUCUCUCCUUUCAAGUGAUUCGUUACAGCUAGAAACAAGUAGACGCGAUCAAUUGACGACAACCUACCACAAUCAUCGGUUUAUCCAUACGUUUCCGAAGACGCGACGGUUAUACCAAGGUCCAGCUCAGCAAGACUUCGGGCGGCUCAAUACGCAGAAACAGUGUGUGUUCGCGCGGGCCAGCACCAAGCUUCAAAAUAUUGGCACUUCGCUACGUCUGGCGGUGAAUCGAUGAGAGGAUGGCUAAGAUUUAUCUUGAACAAGUUCAAGUUCAGAAGUGCGUCCUACCAGCACGUGACAAACGCGCCCACGUGAGGAUCUCUCCAAAGUGACAGCGCGGGAAGGCCGGUCGCGUCGUUGACAACGCGUUCAAAGGCAUCAAUUGAAGAGAUUCCUUCCUUACCGUCAUGCCAGGCCCUCGUAACGCGAAGAAACAGAAGAAACUACAAUCCAAGAAGGAAAAGAAAUCGAAGACAGCUCGACAAGUGUCGAGUCCACCGUUAUCUGCCCAUUCGCUACCCGUAUCAUCAUCUGUAGAAUGCCAGCGCCAUGAACAACUUGCUUUCGUCGAGUCCGUAGCACCAAGUCUUCAUAUCUCGACACCAUCACACCCGCUCACGCCACCAUGUCUAAUUUAUACCCAAGCUCGCACGCCUGAGCCACUUUAUCAUGACUUUCACGAUGACGACUAUUACGAUGUUAAUGCAACUGAUGACGAGUACUAUAGCUACGGGUACUCUCUACCCAAAGAGCCAUUCAUUCAGGAUCCAGGAAAUGGUCCUCGUGUUAAAGAUAUCAACGCGUUCCUUGCGUCUUCCUUCGCGACACCACCUUCACUCGACGAUCCCCUCUGCGCAGAGUUCGCACAGGAGGAUUUGAUCGACAUGUUGUGUAAUGUAUUACCAGAAGAGACUGCACUAAUUCUCUGGUAUAACAAGAGUCGCUUAAACGCACGAAUAUGUCCAGCGUGUCAACGACUGUAUCGCCUGGGUGAUAUCUUGCCUGAGCACAUACCAACCGGUGAAGACGAGUCUCCACCAGGGACUCAACCAAUGUCACAAUCCCUAUACCGCGAACAGAGCAUCAGUGGAAUCUGUUCUCCAAUGUGCUUUAUCCUCGCCGCGUUUCACUAUCCUGCGGCGAUUAGCUCAACGUUUGGCCGUAUGGCUGAAGAGCUCUCAGAUGAAACAUGGGCCCUGCUAGAUAGUCCUAGCUCACGUCCGACGAACGAUAUGGGUCUUGGCAUGUUGCUCAAGAUGACGAGAUGUCAUGACCUUGGUCUGGGCCAACUGCUUUUUCCAGAGUUAGCAUCGGAAGACGAUGAGAGUCCUUCCGAGUGCGGGUCGGAUUGCUGGAGCUAUACUGACAAUAGCUUGGAAGAAGAGGAGCAGCGAGGAAGAAAACUGACCAGAGACUGAUGGAGUCUGUCUGCCUAGGUGACUUGAUAUCUCACUCUUGUGGAAACUCGACACAUAGCUAUACAAGGGCUCUAGACAAUACCAAUGAGGAAACACGAAGUCCUAUAUGCAGUGACGCAACCAUAGGUUCAGCGUGCUCUGUGGUACGCAUAAUGGUCGGCUUUGAAUAGCGUCGAGAACGCCCGGAACUGGGCUCUGCAAUUUAAGCACCAUAGGAUGGCAUCACAUUUGAGGACGACGAUUGGCGAGAACCCUGUUGCGAAGCCACAAGGUCUGUAGGUGGUUGAUGAUCAUCUGAAGCAUCCUUAGUUGUGGUGCGAGCGGAUGUCAACUCCGCUGAAGCUUGAGAAGAGAUCGGAUGGGUGCGUUGUUCUGAAGGUCAACUUUCUCUCGUACCGUUAGGUACUGAUUCAUUCAAAGAAAGCGACGUAGACACA